AUGAAGUUAUUUGCCCUUACUCUUGCUUUGUUUACUGCAGCAAGCCAAUUGUCCAUUGGAUCAACCCAAGGAAUAUUUGAUCUGAUUGCUAACUUUCGAGAACUAAAGAAUAAUCUGUUUGCCUGUAACGUAGGUGGAUCAUCCCACAUUGUUUGGGUAUUAGAGAUCCUUGAAGAACUAGCUGUUAGAGGGCAUUACGUUAGCUUUUAUACAAGAGAAGAUCAAGCAAAGUUUAUUAAAAAUUAUCCUUCUGUUGAACUUGUUCUGAAUGGCCCUGCUUUAUUUCAACCAGAAGAGGCUCGCGUUUUACUUGAAAGGCUCAUCUCUAAGGAAGUGACAUUGUCAUUCUUAUUAAGCAUUAUUACUAAGAACGAUACAUAG